AUGGGGAGCAGGCACUGCAAGGUGGCACCGGCUCCCCCAGUGACUGAGGGAAAAGCGGAGCUGCCGGGCCCGGUGGGGCACGGCGAUGGGCCGGGCCUCCAGGGCGGCAGCGCAGGCUGGGCGGGCCCUGGCUGCUGCCGCCGGCGGUGGGCGAAGCCAAGGCGGCCCAGGGGCGGGGCGGCCGUGGCGGCCGGCAGCGGGCAGAGCUGGCUGGCGGCGGGCAAGGAGAAGCUGAAGGAGUAUCAGCAGAAGAAGAGCCCUGGAGCAGCUGCAGCAAGUAAGGAAAACCGCAAAACUAAAGGAGACGGUCGACCUGAGACUCCCCCGGGCGAUGACCAGCAGCCUCCAGAGAACAUUCAGAACGUUCUGAAGGUGCCGGUGGCAGACCUGAAGCGCUCCAAUGGGGUAGCCAUACCCUCAUUGGACAGGAGGAAGAAAGAGCAGAGCCAGGAGGCAGUGGAUCAGCUGGAGAAGGAAAAGAAGGAGUUGGAAAAGGAAUUUUCUGAAGAGCAAGCUGCGCUGAAGGAACAGCUACGGGUUCGUAACAAGACUAUUGGAAUUCUAGCUUCUGAGAAGUCUAAGUUGCAGGCGGCACUUGCACAUACUCAGCAGGCUGCACGGAAGAAAUCAGGAGAAGCCGAGAGCCUUGCUGCUCGUUUACAUUCAUCUCGCCAGAGGGUAGUGGAGCUGGAAAGUACUUUGUCCUUCGUCUCUCUGCAGGAAAAACAGGCAGAGAAGCAUAACGAAGAGUUAAUGAAGGAGCUAGAAGACCUGAAACAGGAGCUGUACAAACAAAGCAAAAGUAGUGAGGAAAUGAAGCUGCAGAAUUUAGAGCUGUCACAGAAGGUUCGCUGCCUGGUUUCCGAGGACUUGGCCUUGGAGUUAUAUAUAAAGGAUUUGCAUCAGAAACUGGACAUGGCUGAACGGAGGAUCCAACAGGGUCGUGUCCAGACUAUUGGAAUUCUAACUUCUGAGAAGUCUGAGUUGCAGGCGGCCCUUGCACCUACUCGGCAAGCUGCACGGAAGAAAUCGGGAGAAGCCGAGAGCCUUGCUGCUCGUUUACAUUCAUCUCGCCAGAGGGUAGUGGAGCUGGAAAGUACUUUGUCCUUCGUCUCUCUGCAGGAAAAACAGGCAGAGAAGCGUAAUGAAGAGUUAAUGAAGGAGCUAGAAGACCUGAAACAGGAGCUGUACAAACAAAGCAAAAGUAGUGAGGAAAUGAAGCUGCAGAAUUCAAAGCUGUCACAGAAGAUUUGCUGCCUGGUUUCCGAGGACUCGGCCUUGGAGUUAUAUGUCAAGGAUUUGCAUAAGAAACUGGACAUGGCUGAACGGAGGAUCCAACAGCUCUCAGGGUCAGUUCACCGGCUCCAGGCAGAAAGAGAUCACUAUGCAGAGAAACUGAAGGAGGUGCAGAGAAUGUGGCAGCAGUAGGUGCAGCAGUUCUCUGAGCAGGUAACACCAGGGGCAGCGUCACAGCUGCUCUAGACAAACACAGGCAGGAGUGAAUGCACCAUGAACGUUGAUUUAACUUUUAUGGUGUGGCCUUGCAGGUCCAUGCACUGGCAGACGAGGAGGAGGAGCACAUGGCCUGAGGAGACGAUGACGUGGACUCCCGAGUUCAACCAGAAGACCUUUUAUUAGUCCAGAACCCACACUUAUAAUAUCCUCGUUUGCUGUUCACGCGCCCCAUACUAAAUUAUCAUUGGUUAAUCAAUGCUGUUCACACACGUCUUGGCUACAUAUAAUUGGUUAAUUACUAAGCUGCAAAUGCA